AUGCUGGAAAACCGACUGUAUCGUCACGUCGACUGGCCGAUGGUGGUCGCCAUCGUGCUGUUGUGCGCGAUCGGGAUCACGAUGACGUACAGCGCCACCUAUGACCCGGUCACCGGAUUGGCCGGGCCGCAGGUGUCGAGGCAGAUCUGGGCGCUGGGCAUCGGGGUGCUGGCGUUCCUCGUGACGCUCACGGUCGACUACCGCCGGUUUUCCAACUCGACGUUGUGGAUCUUCCUUGGGUUCCUGGCGCUGCUGGUCUACGCGCUGCUGUUCGGGAUUGUGGGCGGCGGCGCCCGUCGCUGGAUCGGUGUCGGUCCGUUGACCCUGCAGCCGUCGGAAUUCGGCCGUAUCGUGGUGGCGCUGGCAUUGGCCACGUUGUUCACCGGCCGCGGGAUCGGGACACGGACUCCAGCCAGUGGGCGAUGCUGGUGCUGA